AACGGAGAACGGGAACAAAAUUUUGUUGUUCUCUCAACCCUGCCAACAAGUCAAAAAGUGAUAAAUAUUUUUGUUUGCGGUCGGUCGGUCGGUAGUGAUAACAGAACAGAACAGAGUUGAAGUGAUGGAAAAAUAUGUCCAUUAUAUUUUACGUUAGAAAAUAGCUCGAAUGUCAUUUUAAAACGCUUAAAAAUCUUGUAUCGCUACUUUCGUCCAGUUCUAGUUCCAUAAAGUGUUGAAUAAUACUAAUCGUCAUGCUGCUGCCAAACAUAUAUCCGUACAAUUUGACGAAGUACACUCGACCUGCCAAAAACAUAUUUUUUAAACAGAUCUACAAAAACUUGCCGGAAGAAUACAGAAAAUUCUAUUUGGAAUGGAAAGAUCAAAUACCCAAACCGGUACAUUAUAUUCCUAAAGAAGGAAUGUAUGAAAAAGAUCCAAACACUGGUGAAGUGAAACUGGUACAGAACUUCGCGAUUCCGCUAUCUGAUAGCCCGCAAAUGGAUGACGGCAUAUGGGGCGGAGAGUCCAUAAUUCAAGGAUUCCGACGUACGUAUCAUCCUAAAUUCAGGAAAAUCGAUUUGGGACCAGCUCCGAAAUUUUGGUUACCCAAUUUGCAUCGAGGCGUAGUAUACAGUGAAGUCCUCGAUAAACACGUAGCUUGUAUUUUAACUCAUCGAGCCAUUAAUUUGAUAAAUGAGCAUUUUGGCUUGGAUCAUUACCUAAUACAGACACCUGCUUGUGAUCUGAGGAAUUUGUUAGCUAUCAAACUCAAAAGAAAAAUCUUAUUAGCGUUGAGGGAUGAAACUUUGUAUCCAGAAGAUGAAGAUAAACGGCAAGAAAUCCUCGACGAGUAUAAACCCUAUUUGGAUAAAUUCACUCAUGAAGAAAUUGAAUGGUAUGGACUUACAUUAGAAGAAGCAACUAAGAAACUUAGAUUCGCCCAAAUACAAAGUCAAGAAAAACCUGUACCAUUAAAACAAAUUUACCGCAAAGAAUUUCUCGAAUUUUUAAAAGAAAAUGAGAUGGAACCUGCCAAAGGACAACCUUGGUGGAAAAUGAAGCUUAUUUCUUAUAAGUAAAUUGUAGUUUUUUAAUUAAUAUAAUUGUUUCUUUA